AUGUCCCAAGAGGGAAUUAGUGUCAAAGACACAAACAACUCUUCCCCAAGCACAGACGACUACGAAACAGGCCACUUCGGCCCUCUAGCCCACGUCAACACAGCCUCAAGUCGCUACCCUGCCUUUGGAGGUGACCUCCAGCCAGGUCUAUACCGCAUUCCCAAAGACCGCAAGCUCGCCAACCCAGCACCGCUAGGCCUCUGCGCCUUCGCACUCACCACCUUCGUACUGGGAUGUCUAAACAUGAACGUCAAGGGCAUCGCUGCGCCUAAUAUUGUCGUCGGGCCAGCUUUGGCUUACGGUGGUUUGGUACAGCUCUUGGCUGGCAUGUGGGAAAUGGCUAUUGGCAAUACCUUCGGCGCGACGGUCCUCUCAUCCUACGGUGGUUUCUGGAUCUCGCUGGCUAUUACUUUCAUCCCUGGUGGAUUUAAUAUCAUCGGGGCCCUUGAAGAGGCCGAUCAUGGGUCUCAUGCUAUGUUUUAUCAUUCACUUGCAUUGUAUCUCUUUGGCUGGUUCAUCUUUACAACGCUGGUCACGAUGCUGACUCUCAAAUCCACUGUUGCGUUCUUUUCGCUGUUUUUCUUCGUCGACCUUGCUCUGCUCUUGCUCGCCCUUGGAUACCUUUUCAAUGUGGAUGGAGUGCCGAAUGAAAAAUUGAUAAAGGCUGGUGGACUAUUCGCUCUGAUUGGUGCUUUCUUGGCGUGGUAUAAUGCCUUUGCUGGUAUGGCUGAUAGUAGUAAUAGCUUCUUUUUGCCUCCUGUUAUUCAUUUCCCCUGGUCUGAGAAGAAGAGGUCGGCUAGAGGGAAUCCUGCUGGACAGAGUGAGGUUUAA